AAGGGGCAUCACUCAUCAGUAGCGGCUAGUACCAACCAGUCACCGCUCGCCCAUCGUGAGUCGUCGCCGUCCCGUCAUCAUCGUUGAAGUGCCCGGAUCGCACUUUUCAGCUGAUGAUGGCACCUCUCAGCAAGGAGGGAUUCUGGGGCCGGCCGACAUCGACCAUCGACUGGUGCGAGGAAAAUUAUGAGUUUAGCUACUUCAUCGCAGAAAUGACCAACACCCUCAGCAACUUGAUGAUGAUCGUCCCGCCGAUCUGGGGCAUGGUCGAGGUCCUGAGACAAGGCUUUGAACGAAAAUUCAUCUACUGUCACAUCCUUCUUCUGGUUGUCGGACUUGGAUCUUGGGCCUUUCACAUGACGUUACUCUAUGAAAUGCAACUUUUUGACGAGCUUCCCAUGGUCUGGGGCACGUGCGUCCUUGUUUACUGCCUAUCCGAAGUACGUAAGCCCCCGAAAAAGGGUCAGAUUUCAAAUCUUUCGUUGUUUCUGUUUCUUGCUUCAUUCUCACUCUUCUUCACCAUCUUGUAUCUCUACUGGCCCCAGCCCGCCUUCCAGCACACAUCUUAUGGUAUUCUCGUGGUCGCCUCGUUCAUACUCGAGAUGCAGUUAAUAAAACUGAAGAACUGUGCGAUCUGCAAAAAGUUGUUCAUAUUGUCGACUUCUAUCUACUUGUUCGGAUUCUUCCUAUGGAACCUAGAUAACAUUUUCUGCUCAAGUUUGCAGGCUGUGAGAAACAACCUACCGAAUGCUCUGAAUCCGCUCACUCAACUUCACGGAUGGUGGCACUGCCUGGCAGGUUAUGGGACUUACUUGCAAGUCCUUUUCACAAUACACGCUUCUUAUGACUUUCGAUAUGAGAAGCUCAAGUCCAUAACACAACUCCGUCCAGCUCACUGGGGUUUUAGUCUACGCUGGUCGAAUAAACUGGCAAAAUGAGUUUGUAAAAUGUAAAAUUUUGAGUCAAGUAAAACAUAAAAUUACGUUUGCACACGAACUUAACAGUAGAGCAACUGCUAUGACAAUUUGUAAAAUUUUUUGUUUAAUCGGUUCUUAAUAUCUAAUCUUGCAUGAAACUUGGAUUACAAACUAAUUUUGAUAUUCAAAAGUAUUUACAUUUUUGCACAAGGGGUGCCAAAAUUAGAUUCAUAAAAAAUUCGCUUACCAGUCAGUAUUUAACCUUGUUCUAUCU